AUGGAGGAUCCCCGCACCGAUCCCAGGGACUACGACGACGACGGCCGCCUGAAGCGCAGCGGGACGGUAUGGACGGCCAGCGCGCACAUCAUCACGGCCGUGAUCGGGUCAGGCCUGCUGGCGCUGCCGUGGGCAUCCGCGCAGCUCGGCUGGGUGGUCUACCCGGUCAUGGUGCUGCUCUUCGCCUGCAUCAUCUGCUACACCUCCGCGCUGCUCUCCGACUGCUACCGGUCCGGCGACCCGAGCCACGGCGAGCGCAACUGCACAUACAUUGACUCCGUCAAGGCCAGCCUAGCAAUGGAGAAUCCCCGCACCGAUCCCAGGGACUACGACGACGACGGCGGCCUGAAGCGCACCGGCACGGUAUGGACGGCCACUGCACGCAUCAUCACGGCCGUGAUCGGGUCUGGCGUCCUGGCGCUGCCGUGGGCAUCGGCGCAGCUCGGCUGGGUGAUCUACCCGAUCAUGGUGCUGCUCUUCGCCGGCAUCAUCUGCUACACCUCCGCGCUGCUCUCGGACUGCUACCGAUCCGGCGACCCGAGCCACGGCGAGCGCAACUGCACAUACAUGGACACCGUCAAGGCCAGCCUAGGACGCGCACAGGUUUGGCUAUGCCAGUUUUCUGCAUACUCCAACGUCUUUGGGGUGGCCAUCGGGCAUACCAUCGCCGCCGGCAUGAGCAUGUUGGCAAUCCAGCGGAGGGCUAGCUGCUUCCAGCACAACAAGGGCCACCGCCACCCGUGCAAUUUCCCAAUCUGGCCCUAUAUGAUAACCUUCGGCGUGGCGGAGAUCUUCUUAUCGCAGAUCCCGGAGUACCAUACGUGGUGGUUCUCAUAUCUCGGCCCCGCCAUGUCCUUCACCUAUUGCUCUAUCGGCGUCGGGAUCAGCAUCGCCAAAGUCGUCGAGAACGGAGUCCUCAAGGGCGGCCUCGUCGGCAUCGGCAUGACCGCGGUGACCGCGUCCCCGACGAGUAAGGUGUGGGGAAGCCUGGAGGCGCUGGGCGUCAUCGCCUUCGUCUACUGCUACUCAAGAAUCUUAAUCGAGAUCCAGGACACCAUCAAAGCGCCUCCUCCGCCCGAGUCCAAGGUCAUGAAGCUUGCCACCGCCAUGGGCGUCGCUGUCACCACGUUCUUAUACCUGCUCUUUGGCUUCAUGGGGUACGCCGCGCUGGGGGCCGCUACCCCAGGGAACCUGCUCGCGGGGCUCGGCUUCUACGAGCCAUACUGGGUCGUCGACAUCGCCAACGUGGCAAUCAUCGUCCACCUCGCCGUCGCUUACCAGGUCUACUGCCGGCCCAUCUACGACUUCGUCGAGAGGUGCGCCGCGCGUAGGUGGCCGGAGUCGUCCUACGUCACAAGGGAGUUCGACGUGCUCGUCUUGAGGUCGUCGUACAAGCUGAACCUAUUCCGAGCUACGUGGCGGACCGCGUUCGUGGUCACCACCACGGUGGUGGCGGCGCUGCUGCCCUUCUUCCACGACGUGGUGGCGCUCGUCGGCGCACUGGGGUUCUGGCCGUUGUGUGUCUACAUCCCAGUGGAGAUGUACGUGACCCAGAAGAAGGUGCUUAGGUGGAGCCCCCUGUGGGUGUGGCUGCAGAUCCUCAGCCUCGGCUGCCUCUUCGUCUGCUUGGCCGCCAUGGCCGCGUCCAUCGUCGGUAUCAUCACUAUUCAUAAGAAGUAA